AUGUUCAAGCAAAGAAAGAUAUCCCAUGACCUACUUUCAUCUACCGGUCGGGACGAACUAGGUCAUCGUGAACAAACACCACAGCAAGGCGAACCGGUCGACCGUUACACAGUCGGAUGGAUCUGCGCGUUACAAGAGGAGUACGACAGUGCCUGCCGGAUGCUAGACGAGGAGUUUGAUGACCCAGUGGAACUCGACGCGUCGGAUGACAAUACCUAUACAUUUGGUCGUGUCGGGUUCCACCAUGUCGUUGUUGGAUGCCUUCCAGCAGGCCGAUAUGGGACCAACUCGGCGGCUUGUGUGGCUCGAGAUAUGAUGCGCAGCUUUCCUAGCCUCAGGUCUGCUCUAAUGGUUGGCAUUGGCGGAGGCUUGCCGACAUUAAGCAAUGACAUCAGACUCGGGGACGUGGUCGUUAGUAUGCCCAAUGGUGUCUUCGGCGGCGUGGUUCAAUAUGAUUUGGGAAAGAGGCUACCCAAUGGUGACUUUCAACGAACUGGUCAUCUGAAUGCCCCUCCGAAUAAACUUCUAGGAGUAAUACCGGAGAUUCGCAAGCGCUACAAUGACCCGAGAAAGCCGGAUGCGAUUGCCGAGCAUCUCCGGCGCAUGGAUGAUAUGCCUGAUUAUCGGCGGCCUGCCCAUGACCACCUCUUCCAGGCUCACUACACCCACCAGGGGGGCGAUAGCUGCCUUUCAUGUGACCCUAGUCAAUUGAUCCAACGAGAGGAGCGCAAGGGUCGCGUCGUGGGAGUGCACUAUGGAACAAUUGCAUCAGGAAACUCGGUAAUCAAGGACGCUGCUGUACGAAGCGAAUUAGCCAAGUCUGAUAUGAACCCCUUGUGCUUUGAGAUGGAAGGGGCUGGAUUGAUGAACAAUCUACCCUGCUUGGUGGUCCGCGGAAUCUGUGACUAUUCGGACUCCCACAAAAACGACGUCUGGCAUAAAUAUGCAGCACUAGCAGCAGCAGCAUAUGCCAGAGAGCUCCUGAUUGUACUGAAGCCGACUAAAGUUGCUUCGAUGCCUUCAUGGGCCGUUGAAGUCAAGACCUCGAUUGAAUGUAUCUCCGGCCACAUGCAAGAAGUCCAAACAUCCUUUGAUGAGGACCGACUACAUCGCUGGCUUUGUCCGCCAGACCCAUCGACAAAUUUCAAUGCUGCAAUAAUGUCUUUAGCACCAGGGACCGGCACCUGGCUACUGAACAGCAAAGCCUACAAGAUCUGGAAAGGCAACAGAGGCUUAGAAGCUACGCCAGUCCCGCCGAUCUGGCUUCGUGGAAUUCCAGGUAGCGGAAAGACCGUUUUGAGCUCCUCGAUAAUUGAAGACUGCGCCGGGCUAGUAUCUUCGCCGACGACUUCCUUGCUAUACUUCUUUUUUGACUUCACGGAUGCGGAGAAACGUACACACGAUGCAAUGGUUCGGUCAUUCGUCUGGCAAUUGGCUGGCCAGGGUUCAAACGAAAUGAGAAUCCUAAGUGAGCUUUUCAGUCGCUGUAACGGUGGGAGAGCUCAGCCUUCAAGGAAACACCUAUAUAACACGUUCGGCGAUAUGGUUAAAGGGAAGAAGGACAUCUACAUCGUCAUUGAUGCUCUUGAUGAGUGUACAGACAGAAAAAAUGUCAUGUGGCUUAUGCAGAAGUUUACAUCAUGGUGGAAAGCCGAAUUGCACUUGUGCGUUUCCAGCAGACAAGAAAAGGACAUAAACAAAGUCCUUCAACAAAUUGUCCCAGAAAAUGGACGUAUCGUGUUGGACAAGGAAAGAGUCAAUGCCGAUAUACACCAUUACCUUCGUCGGAGACUGCAAGUCGAUGAAGGGUUCGAUAAGUGGAGGAAACUACCAAACACGGCUCAAGAAAUUGAGAGGAAGAUAAUGGACAAAGCCGACGGAAUGUUUCGCUGGGCAGUAUGUCAGCUCAACUCCAUUCGGGGAUGCUUGGACCUUCCGAUGCUCCGAGAUACACUCUCCUCCCUCCCUGACACAAUGGAGGAGACGUACUCUAGGAUCCUUUCUACUAUUGCCGACAGUCACAAGAACUACGCUCUGAGGAUUCUCCAGUGGCUAGUUUACGCAGUUCGGCCGUUAAUGAUUGAAGAGAUAAUCGAUGUUCUCGCAGUCAGCUUUAAUGAGGAAGGACAUGCAUUCGACCCACGAAACCGCCUUCUAGAUGUUGAAGAUAUUCUAUCCAUAUGCUCCAGCCUGGUUACAAUUGAAAAGUCUGGGCAGGGAUUGUUAGUCAAGCUGUCCCAUCUCUCUGUCCGGGAUUAUCUCGUGUCAAGUCAUACCCAAGCGUUUUUCAGAAACUCAAUGGAAAGCGAAACCGCCAAUACAGCAAUAUCUUCCAUUUGUUUGAGGUAUAUCCUCCAACUUGAUACCAAUUGCUAUUCGGACCGAAGAAUUAGGGAGAGGUUUCCGCUGACAACAUAUGCGGUUAUGCAUUGGCCGAUACAUGCUCGCGCUGCCGGAGAAGGGUCGGCUAGUGUGUUACGGCUCAUCGAAGAACUCUUUCUUCUCCAGGAUGAAUCAUUUUGCACUUGGGUCUGCCUUUACAAAAACAGUGUAUCGUCCGGGUGGAAAGAUCAUGUCCGAGCCCGCAAGGACAGAUUACCUUUGUUCUAUGCGUCGCUGCUUGGCUUAACGGGGGCAGUGAAGCUUAUCCUUGACAAGGGGAUAAGCCCCAACUUGUACGACGCCGACGUUGGGACCCCCCUACAAAUAGCUUUGCAUCAAGGCAACAUCGAUAUUGUAGAAUGCUUACUCGCCCGGGGGGCUGACCCCAACCUCAAAAGUGGAGUAUUUGAAAGUCCUCUGGUUGAGGCUAUGUCUCAGGAUCGUGAACACAUCGCGGUUCGGCUUAUCGAGUAUGGCGCCAAUCCAAGCCAAACUUGCGUCGAACACGGCUGCGCUUUGAACAUGGCAUUGGCGAAGAAUCUCGCUACAGUGGCCCGUUGCCUGCUGGACAAAGGAGCCAAUCCAAACGCCAACUACAAGCCUCACGGCACUCCCCUUCAGAUCGUGUCAGAAAACGGAAACGAACAAAUGUUGCAAUGGCUCCUUGACAAGGGAGCCAAUCCAAACAUCUACCGCGGAAAAGCCGACAGCCCAUUGCAGAAAGCACUUUACUAUUCCCGCCCGCAGAUUGUGGACGUGCUGCUGCGAUCUGGAGCAGAGGCAAUUCCGAGUAUAUGCGGCCCAGCGUUGGAGCGGGCAGCUUAUGAUGGGCGUCUUGAGAUGGUGCGCGUCUUGAUAUCAGCCUGUUCACACGCAAACUCCUGCAAGGGUCACUGGGGCGUUGCUCUGUGGAUGGCGUCUAGCUCGGGGCACGAACAAAUCGUGCGCUUAUUGCUUCAGAAAUAUGCGCAUAUGCCCGCUGACUUUGUUGGUCUUGCCCUCGAAUGGGCUACUGUGAGAAAUCACCAUGGCAUUGUGAAACUAUUGCGCCAAAGAUGA